UCUCCCCUCCCUCGGCCGUUCCUCCUCCUCCUCCUCCGGCAGGCAGGCAGCAUGGCGGCGGUGGAGACGCGGGUCUGCGAGACGGACGGCUGCAGCAGCGAGGCCAAGCUCCAGUGUCCCACCUGCAUUAAGCUGGGCAUCCAGGGCUCGUACUUCUGCUCGCAGGAAUGCUUUAAAGGAAGUUGGGCUACUCACAAGUUACUACAUAAGAAAGCAAAAGAUGAAAAGGCAAAACGGGAAGUAUGUUCCUGGACUGUAGAAGGCGAUGUUAACACUGACCCUUGGGCGGGGUACCGGUACACCGGUAAACUGAGACCACAUUAUCCACUGAUGCCCACAAGGCCAGUGCCCAGUUACAUUCAGAGGCCAGACUACGCUGACCAUCCCUUAGGAAUGUCUGAAUCUGAACAGGCUCUUAAAGGUACUUCUCAAAUUAAACUACUCUCAACUGAAGAUAUAGAAGGGAUGCGACUUGUGUGUAGGCUUGCUAGAGAAGUAUUGGAUAUUGCUGCUGGGAUGAUCAAAGCAGGUGUGACUACUGAAGAAAUUGAUCACGCUGUACACUUAGCAUGCAUUGCAAGAAAUUGCUAUCCUUCUCCCCUGAAUUACUAUAAUUUCCCAAAGUCUUGUUGUACCUCAGUGAAUGAAGUCAUCUGCCAUGGGAUUCCAGACAGACGGCCUUUGCAAGAAGGCGAUAUUGUUAAUGUGGACAUCACUCUUUAUCGAAAUGGUUAUCAUGGGGAUCUAAAUGAGACCUUUUUCGUUGGAGAUGUGGAUGAAGGAGCACGGAAACUUGUUCAGACUACGUAUGAAUGCCUGAUGCAAGCCAUUGAUGCAGUGAAGCCUGGUGUUCGAUACAGAGAACUGGGAAAUAUCAUUCAGAAACAUGCCCAAGCAAAUGGAUUCUCAGUUGUUCGAAGCUAUUGUGGACAUGGAAUCCACAAACUUUUCCAUACAGCUCCCAAUGUACCACAUUACGCCAAAAAUAAGGCGGUUGGCGUGAUGAAGUCGGGCCACGUGUUUACAAUUGAGCCAAUGAUUUGUGAAGGUGGAUGGCAGGAUGAAACCUGGCCAGAUGGUUGGACUGCAGUGACGAGAGACGGGAAGCGAUCCGCUCAGUUUGAGCACACCCUGCUGGUCACGGACACUGGCUGUGAAAUUCUCACCCGGAGACUCGAUAGCUCUCGGCCUCAUUUCAUGUCCCAGUUUUAAUUUUCCCGAGAUGCCUAAUGUCUGAACACGUCUUGUACUGUGCAUUUUAUUGAAAGUACAGAAAUGAAGAGCUUUUUAAAAACCACUCCUUUUGUUUUGACUGUGGGUAAGGAAGGACAGCACUUGGUAUGUGUCCCCAAGAGCUUUUUUGGGGGGUCUGAAAAAGCUGAGAAGAAUAAAGGAGACGUUGCUGACUUCCUUCAGUCCCUGGCCUCACCCCUCAGUUCUCUGUACUGUGUUUUCUUCUUUGUCCCUUGAGCACUAUGACCCUAAAUCUGCUUCUCAUUGCUUUAGCACUGCCGCAGACCAGCCGCCAAGGGCCAGCAGCUUUCCAGGGGGUGCUGAAGAUAAGAAAUCUUGAAACUUUAGCAACACGUUGCUCCAGAAUUUUAUUAUAUAUUGAUAUAUAUGUGGAAAAUAUAUGCAUACAUUCUAAAUUCCAUAUACAUAAUUACUGAACACUGGCCUUUGGUCUGGGUCGACUCUGCUUUGACGGGAUGUUUUCUGUCGUAAGCGGAGUCAUAAUUUGUUGGUGGUUGACUUCUGGUUGGGGAGUGGCCUCCUCUCGCCCUCAUGCUCAUCAUUUGCCUUGUAUGUAUGCAGGGGAGACUUAGGCAGCGUGGGCUGUGUUAGUGAACGCAUGGUAAGGUCACGUGGGAGGCUGUCAGACUUUGUAAGGUCUGGUGUGGUAGAAAUAGCUGUGCUGCAGAUGGUGGCUGGUUACUGCAGCCAUUCCACCACACACGGCCAUCGCAGACUCUGUCUGGCCAGAAGUGUGAGGUCAGAGCCCUUCUGCUGAAAGGUAUCCAUACCUCCGAAGAGUGGCGGUUGUCCUAUGGCAGGCAGAUGACGGGAAAGAAUUCCACACGGUCCGCAGGCGUGCAGUCACAGGUGACUGAGAGUGUCACCGUUCAGUAAGCUAACAGCAGUGGGAAGGAACUUGUUGCAGUACUCUAAGUGCUGGGUGGGGGUGCUGCUGUCCCGUAGUGCAGGUGUACCUCACCUCUGCAGUCGGGCCUCAUCAAAAGAUGGCUCUGAUGCCAGCAUCCAGCAUUGUGCUGUUUGCUGGUUGUCCAAACACAAGUGUAUGCAGUGGAGACACAGCAGAUCGUAAAGUUGUCGUGAGACUAUCCUCGAUUACACCAGUGACACAUACUUAAGACAUCAUCUUUUCCAGAGUGCCUCAGACCUUAUUGCUUUAAGAGAAUGAUAAUGUUUUCAUGACUUUAUUUUAAUAAUUUAGUAAAGUGAUUGAAUCUGGUGUAGACUUCUGGGUGUGUGUGUGUGUUUAAAGUUUUUAUCAAACUGUAAUAUUUGUGAAUGGAAUGCCUUGUAAUAUGAAUGUUAAUAUAAUAUGUAAAGGGAGAUUAAAAGUUUGAAUGAUUAUCCCA